AUGUAUCCAGGCCACACGGGGCGCCUGCUCAUGUCCCUGUGCUUCAGCAGUCUCAGCUUCCUGCUCUUUCACAUCAUCUAUCAGAUCACUGUCAACAGUCUACUGGCCGGGAACAACAUAGACCCUGCCUUCAACUGUUCCAGGUGGGAGAGAUCCAUACGACAGAUCGGCUUUGAGAGUGUGAUAGGUGCAGAUGCAGGGAACGGGAUUCGUGUGUUUCUCCCUGACAUAGGGAUGUUUCUAACUGGUCUGGGCUGCUGGCUGCUGUGUCACAGUCUGGUCCAAAAGAGACCACCGGAGGACGUGGUUUACGACUUCGAACCGGAGGACGGGGUGGAAGAGGAAGAUCUUAGCCUUGAUGACAAUGUCCUGUUGGAUGAAAACUUUGAGGCUGGGUACGAGGGCGGAGAAGAGGAGGAGGAAGAGGAGGAGGAAGAAAUGGAGGAGGAGGAAGAGGAGGAGGAGGAAGAGGAGGAGGAAGAAGAGGAGGAGGAGGAAGAGGAGAGCACCAAGAUGAAGAUUCUGGGUCGCGUCGCUGCCGUGGCGUCCAAAGUGAAGGAGAUCAUUGGGAAUCUGAUCAGCACCGCAGGGAAAGUGGUGGUCACCAUACUACUAGGACUAACAGGUAUAAUUCUGCCCUCUAUGACGUCGGCAGUCUACUUCUUCGUGUUCUUGUUCCUGUGUACAUGGUGGUCGUUCUGUCGGACCUUCGACACCCUCAUCUUCAGCUGUAUGUGUGUCCUCAUGGCCAUAUUCAGCGCUGGACACCUGGUCGUCCUUUACCUCUACCAGUUCCAGUUCUUCCACGAGUUCAUCCCUCCAAAGGACAGCUACAUCAGUCUGUUCGGCAUCUCCUCCAUCAUCCAGACUGACUGCUCCUCUACAUGGAGGAUGAUAGUUAACCCUGAGUUGGCCUGGCACCACUUUGUUAACCCCGUUAUGCUGCUGCUGCUGUACUACACCUUGGCCACUCUCAUACGCCUCUGGCUCCAGGAAGAGGGGUUGGUCGCAAAGUCCAACGAGACAUCUUUUGACUACAUCUCCACCCUAGACUCAGUGGAAAAUGGACCGGUCCGCCAGGACCUGUACUCCACCCCACAGUAUGAAAUGGACCAAAUCAAUAACAUUACAGAGAAGGAUGGAGGACUGUAUGCCUUCAGUCCAACCCUGCGAGGAGAGACUGCUGGGAUGGAGGGAGCGGAGGAGGGGAAGGAACAGGAGGAAGAGGAGGAGGAGGAGGAGGAUGAGGGCAGAGUGAAUGCUGUUGUAACAGUGUUCAGGUUCAUUAUGAAGCAGAGCUAUAUCUGUGCUCUCAUAGCCAUGAUGGCGUGGAGCAUCACGUAUGUUAGCUGGCUGACGUUUGUGUUCCUGAUGUGGUCGUGUAUGUUGUGGAUGGUGAGGGACCGUCGUCGUUACACCAUGCUAACCUCUCCCUUCAUGGUGCUCUAUGGGAACCUGCUCAUUGUGCUGCAGUACAUUUGGAGCUUUGAGCUGCUGGAGCCCGUACCUGGACUCUUCCUCAAGAUGGACGUGCCUUUCAGGCAACUGGGUUCCAAGAUCCUAUGCCUGUUGAGCUUUUGGCUGUUGCUGAUACAGACUCUGACAGAGAGACAGGAGGAGCAGAGAGAGGAGGCUGCUGUACUCACUGACGUACGUGUGGAUAACCAACCCAAGAAGAAGAAGAAAGAGGAAGAGGAGGAUGAGGAAGGAUGGGAGCAGGACAUCAUGCAGGUUCUGGGUAACAUGGUGAUGGAGAUGCUGGUGAAAUACUGGAUUUAUAUCUGUGGAGGAAUGUUCUUCUUCGUCAGCUUCGAGGGACGCAUGGUCAUGUACAAGAUCAUCUACAUGAUGCUCCUCCUCUUCUGUGUGGCGCUCUAUCAGGUGCACUAUGAGUAUUGGAGGAGAAUCCUGAAAUACUUCUGGAUGUCUGUGGUGGUCUACACUAUGCUGGUCCUCGUCCUGGUCUACACCUUCCAGUUUGAGACCUCCCUUCCCUUCUGGUCUAACAUGACUGGCCUGAGUAAAGAGAAACUGAAGGACCUGGGGCUAGAACGGUUCUCUGUAUCGAUGCUCUUCACACGUAUCUUCAUCCCCACCUCCUUCCUCCUGGUGUGUAUCCUCCACCUUCACUACUUCCACGACCGCUUCCUCCUGCUCACUGACCUGAAGGCUGUGGCCCAAAAACAGGACAGCGCCAUCUACAGAUUGGUACACCAGGAUGGAAGCCUGGUUGACAUCACCAUGCUCCAGUCUGGAGAAGGGGUGAUACGGGUGGAGGACGAGAAGGAGGGAAACCUGAUGAAGGAUGGAGGGAGGAAGCAGAAAGGAGGACUCCGUCAGUCUAUAGAUCUGUGUCGGUCGUUCAAUAAGUCUUUUGAGUCCAAAUCCAGUGCAGGGCCAGGGAAGAGUGGCGAUUGCAGUGUGGGAACUGGGCCAGAGCCCUCCACAGAACACACAACCUCAGACCUGCAGAAUAAGUGGCCCUUGGUGGUGGACCGUCUGACUGUGCUGUUUCUCAAGUUCCUGGAAAACAUCCACAAGCUGCAGCUCUUCAUCUGGUGGCUCCUAGAGAUGCACAUCGUCAAGAUCGUCUCUUCGUGCAUCAUACUGGUCUCUGUCAAAGAGGUGUCCUUGUUCAACUACGUGUUCCUGGCGUGCUGGGUCUUCGCCCUACCAUUCAGUCAGUUCAGACCCUUAGCCUCCAGUAUCUGUACAGUCUGGACCUGCGUUAUCAUCGUCUGUAAGAUGCUGUACCAGUUGGAGUCUAUAAAACCUGCCUCUUACUCCAAGAACUGCUCCAUGCCAAUGAACUACACAGAGAAACAGAGAGAAGAGAUGAGAGACUCUCUGCUGUACAAGGACCCAGUAGACCCGUCCAACUGGGUCGGGCUCAUCAAGUUCAACCCUCUACUGGAGAACCUCAGGAACAACCUCUUGAUGUUGGCCAUGCUGGCGUUUGAGGUGACCAUCUACCGUCACCAGCAGCACUACAGGCUGAGGAACAAGCUCGCCGCGCCCGCCGCUCGCAUCAUCUUCCAUGACAUCACGCGGCAACACCUCGACAACGGCAUCGUCAACUGUGCCAAGUACUUCAUCAACUACUUCUUCUACAAGUUCGGGCUGGAGAUGUGCUUCUUACUGGCGGUGAAUGUGAUCGGGCAGCGUAUGGAUUUCUAUGCCAUGCUGCAUGCCUUCUCUCUGAUAGUCGUUAUGUACAGACGCAGGAGGAAAGCUAUAGCUGAGAUCUGGCCUAAAUACUGUUGUUUCCUGGCCUGUAUGCUAACCUGGCAGUACUUUGUCUGCAUCGGGAUACCACCUGCAGCCUGUAAAGACUACCCAUGGCGGUUCCCUAACUCUGCAAUGGACUCCAAUGUCAUCAAGUGGCUAUAUUUCCCUGACUUCCACACCAACCCCAACCCGAUCUUUCUUGUCUAUGACUUCAUGCUCCUUCUCUGCGCCUCACUCCAGAAGAGUAUAUUUGAAGAGGAAAACAAAGCAGCUGUCCGUCUCAUGGCCGGAGACAACGUGGAGAUCUGUAGAGACCUAGACACAGCCUCCUUCAGCGUCCACAACCCUGUACCCGACUUCAUACACUCCAGGUCCUACCUGGACAUGCUGAAGGUCAUCAUGUUUAGCUACCUGUUCUGGUUCGUCCUCACCAUCAUCUUCAUCACCGGCACCACCCGUAUCAGCAUCUUCUGUUUGGGCUAUAUAGUGGGAUGUUUCUACUUCCUGCUGUUCGGCGGGGAGCUGCUGCUCAAACCAAUCAAAAAGAUCCUCCACUACUGGGACUUCCUGAUCGCCUAUAACGUGUUUGUGAUCACCAUGAAGAACAUACUGUCUAUCCUGGCCUGUGGCUACAUCAAUGUCCUGAUGGUCAACAACUGUUGGCUCAUCCAGCUCCUCAGUCUGGUCUGCACCAUCAAGGAGUAUAAGGUCAUCACUAACAGAGACUUCAACCCUGCGGAUGGUGGUAAGAAGUGUGAUCUGCCCAGCGACGAGGCUGGGAUCAUCUGGGACAGUAUCUGUUUCGCCUUCCUGCUGUUGCAGAGACGAGUCUUCAUGAGUUACUACUUCCUGCAUGUGGUGGCUGACAUCAGGGCCUCACAGAUACUGGCCUCCAGAGGGGCUGAAUUGUUCCAGGCUACUAUAGUGAAGGCAGUCAGAGCCAAACUGGAGGAAGAGAAGCAGUCUAUGGAACAGCUGAAGAGACAGAUGGACCGUAUAAAGCAGCGCCAGGAGAAGUUUAAGAGAGGGAAGAAGAUGUUGAGCCAGGAGUCAGGAGACAGAGAGAACCCCAUCCAUCCACAGGAGUCAGGAGACAGAGAGAACCCCAUCCAUCCACAGGAGUCACCCAUCCAUCCACAGGAGUCAGGAGACAGAGAGAACCCCAUCCAUCCACAGGAGUCAGGAGACAGAGAGAACCCCAUCCAUCCACAGGAACAGAAGGGAGCAGAGCGAGAGAGAAGGAACAAAAACAAGAACAAUCUAAGACCAAAAAAAAAACAGUGGUGGCGGCCUUGGGUUGACCACGCCUCCAUGGUGAGAAGUGGAGAUUAUUACUUGUUUGAAACCGACAGUGAAGAAGAGGAGGAAGAGAUGGAAAGAAGAGAGGGCCUACAGCCUCCCAAGAAGUCAGCGUUUCAGUUUGUCUACCAUGUCUGGAUAACAAACUCCAAGACAGCCAUGAAGAAACGAAGCAAAGAGAAGCACAAGUUCUGGAAGAGGUACACCAAGAGAUACAAACACAAGAAGGACAAGAUGGAUGGUCAUGUGACUAUAGAGUUAGGAGAGACAGAGGAAGAUCAGAAGGGAGGAGAGGAGGAAAAGUCCGAUGGACCAGACAACAUCCUGAAGCGAGUGUUCGACAUCAUCAAGUUCACCUGGGUGUUGUUCCAGACGACGGUGGAGAGCUUCACCGAGUGGAUGAACGACGUGUGUAGAGAACACAUAGACAUCUCCACCGUGCUGCGUAUCGAGAGAUGUAUGCUCACUAGAGAGGUCAAAAAGGGUAAUGUCCCGUCCAGAGACAGUAUCCAUGUGUACUACCAGAAGCAGAUGCGUAUGUACAUGUCGCAGGGUUCCAGUCUGGACCGGCUCAUUGAGGAGGACAGUGUGUCGUGGUCGCACAGAGUCCGUAGAAGGAGAGGUAUCUAUCGUAUGGAGAGCCAGGACUCUGUUGUAUCUAUGGUCUCCAGGGAUAGUAUAUCCAGUGGCUACACUGAAGCCACCAUGCUGUUCUCCCGCCAAGACACGCUGGACGAGCUGGACGGAAUGCCGUCAGACCUUCCUAUUCCCAAAACCAGCGAGCGUGUCCGGCCCAAACUCUGUAAGAUUUACGGCCUGGACGCCUCCAAGUCGACUGACAGCAGCAGCAGCCAAGUGUCCAGCGAGGCGACUCAGUGCAUCACUCUCUACUCACGGCAAGGCACAAAUGACACCAUCGAGGAGGUGGAGGACGAACAGGACCAGGGGGAGGACAGGCAGAACGAACCCUUGGGACCCCCACAUCCGGAGGCAGAGGGGUCUGAGGGAAGCCCCUGGUGGAGUGGUGGUGGAGUGACCACUGAGGAGGAGGAGAGGGACCAGGGACAGUGGGAUCCAUGGAGGACUCCAGGCCCAGGGGAGGUCCCCUCCUUCAGGGUAGACGGUCCAACUUCGACCCUCCUGGCCCUUCGAUCAGGGUCCCAGGACUGUACCACUGACAGUGACGAUGGGGGUGUCCGGCAAGAGUACCGGAAGACAGAGGAGCGGGACCGGGCAGGUCAGCUGGACAUCUCGGAUGCCCCAAACACCUCGGACACUGACGUGCCUUCCAGCUACAACAAGGCGGUGAGCUUCGACCGACUGGAGGUGAGUGAGGAUGAGAGCGACAGGGACGAUAAGAGGAGGAUGGUGAUGACCCCAGACACCAGCCGGUCAGACUAUCUGGACGGCCCCUUGCUGCUCUCAUCUACCGCUGAGCUGACCGCCAGCGAACUGCUGCUCAACAAGAUGUUCCAUGAUGAGGAGUUAAAGCGGUCGGAGCGGUUCUAUAUGGGCCAGCCCCUGGCGCUCCAGCUGGUCUAUGCCCUGUAUAACAUGCUGGUGGCCCACUCUGAGAUGGUGUGUUACCUAGUCAUCAUCCUCAACAACAUGCUGUCAGCCUCCUGUAUCACCCUGGUCCUCCCCAUCCUCAUCUUCCUCUGGGCCAUGCUGUCCGUACCUAGACCCAGUAAGAGGUUCUGGAUGACUGCCAUCGUUUAUACAGAGGUCGCCAUCGUCAUCAAGUAUUUCUGCCAGUUUGGCUUCUUUCCCUUCAACCAGAACCCGAAGGUGAACGGGAAUAAACCCUACCACCCUCCCAACAUCAUCGGAGUGGAGAAGAAAGACGGAUACGUGGUCUAUGACCUCAUACAGCUUCUGGCGCUCUUCUUCCACAGGUCCAUCCUGAAGUGUCAUGGUCUCUGGGACGAAGACGACCUUAAGGACACCAAGAAAGAGAUCCUUCGCCAGGACACUGAGUCGAAGGAAGACGAGAAGGAGAGGGACGCCACUCCCGUGCCGUCCAACCCCCGCGAGAGGAAUAGGUCGCCACAGACCCUCGGGUCUAUAAAUCUGGGCAUGGGCACCUCCAUGGACUCUGUGCACAUCCCCAUGCACUACCUCCAGCAACAGCAGCAGACCUACCAGAGAAGGAAGAGCUCCAGUGGAGGGUCUCAUAUCUCCCACCGCUCUGUACGCUCCAAGAGAGGCAGCACCAACUCCAGGAACAGUAACCGUAGAGAUGGGAGUGAGGUGUCAGUUCAGCAGAAGACCAAGAAACAGCUGAUCAUGGAGAAACUCAAAGAACAGAUGAUCAAAGCCAAGACCUUCACUAUCAAGAGGACCAUGAAGGUCUACCUGCCCAUUCGUCAGUUCUUCUACAACCUGGUCCAUCCAGAGUACAGCGCUUUGACAGAUGUCUAUGUGCUCAUAUUCCUGGCCGACACCGUCGACUUCAUCAUCAUCCUCUUCGGUUUUUCUGCUUUUGGGAAACACUCAACGGGAGCCGACAUCACGUCAUCUCUGUCGGAGGACCAGGUUCCUGGAGCCUUCCUGGUGAUGGUUCUGAUCCAGUUUGGGACCAUGGUGGUGGACCGGGCCCUGUACCUCAAGAAGACAGUGCUGGGGAAGGUCAUCUUCCAGGUGGUCCUGGUAUUCGGAAUUCAUUUCUGGAUGUUCUUUAUCCUCCCCGGACUCUCUGAUAGGCGUUUCAAUGAGAACACAGUAGCCAAGCUGUGGUACUUCAUCAAGUGUAUCUACUUUGGGCUGUCAGCCUAUCAGAUCCGCUGUGGCUACCCCACCAGAGUCCUGGGUAACUGUAUCACCAAGAGCUACAACUACACCAACCUUUUCCUGUUUCAAGGGUUCCGUCUGAUCCCGUUCCUGUCUGAGUUGCGUGCGGUGAUGGACUGGGUCUGGACCGACACCUCUCUGUCUUUAUCUUCUUGGAUCUGUAUGGAAGACAUCUACGCUCACAUCUUCGUCCUCAAGUGCUGGAGGGAGUCAGAGAGGAGAUACCCCCAGCCGCGGGGCCAAGCGAAGAAGCCGGUGGUGAAGUAUGGGAUGGGAGGGAUGAUCGUCAUGCUUCUGAUCUGUAUCAUCUGGUUCCCUCUACUCUUCAUGUCUCUGAUCAAGUCUGUGGUGGGGGUGGUCAACAGACCACUGGACGUCUCUUUCUCCAUCACCCUGGCCGGGUUCCAGCCAAUCUUCACUAUGAGUGCUCAGCAGAACCAGCUCAGAGAAGUCUCCAAACAUGACAUCCAUGGCACCUUCAUGAGGUCAUACCAGUCCUAUCCUGAAGCGAUGCAGUGGUUGGAAUACUACAUGCCAGAGGAUCUGACCAUCGCUGAGUUGGAAGGCAGCUCUAACAGUCUGUGGACCAUCAGUCCUCCCAGUAGAACAAACAUCAUGGAGAUGCUCAGCUCCAAGGAACAGUUCCCCAUCACUGUAGCUUGGUCUAUCCAGCGGAACCUGACUCUGGGAGCGAAGGCUGAGUUCGCGACUGGGAAGAAAGUGACGUUCCUGGAUGAUGCAACCAAACUAGAGCUGAGCCUACUGCUCAACGGGACCAGACGAGACAGAGUGGUGAUAAAACAUGUGUUCCCGCGAUACCUCCGAGCCCCUAGUGACUCCGAGGCCAAGCCCAUAGAACAGCUGUAUAAAGAGAAGGUGUACAUGAGCAUCACUUUGGCGUUGGAGCGUUCCCAUAACAACUCAACGGAAGUCCAGGAGUGGUGGAUCGUGAACCAGACAGAACCGGGACAGAUCAACGUUCGUAGGCCCAAGCACCUCUACGACGCUGGGCUGGAGCUCUAUGUCUUCAGUGACCAGGUCAGCCCUCCUAGUCUGGGUUUCCUGGCUGGAUACGGGAUCAUGGGUCUUUAUGCGUCCGUGGUGCUCGUCAUCGGUAAGUUUGUCCGUGAGUUCUUCAGCGGUGUCUCCCACACCAUCAUGUUCGAGGAGCUGCCCAACGUGGACCGCAUCCUGAAGCUGUGCACCGACAUCUUCCUGGUCCGAGAGACGGGAGAGCUGGACCUGGAGGAAGACAUGUACGCUAAACUCAUCUUCCUCUAUCGCUCGCCUGAGACUAUUAUUAAAUGGACCAGGGAAAAGACUCAGUGAGCCUGGCUGUAAAAAGGCUAGAAGUUAUCCCCCUUUCAAUGUGGAUAGAAGUUUAACAGUGUUUCUUAACCUCUGACUAGUUUGUGAAUACUUGACCAGUCUCUGGGACGUUGACGUUACCGACUGACUUGAGAACUAUUCUUAAGUGUCAUUGAUUUUUAUGGAAGGAAGGAAGGAAGGAAGGAAGGAAGGAAGGAAGGAAGGAAGGAAGGAAGGAAGGAAGGAAGGAAGGAAGGAAGGACCAAAGGUUGCCGGUUCCUGUUGAGAAAACGGUUGAGAAACACUGCCUUAGAACAACACAAUUGCUAAAAUAACGUGACCGAGGCGUCAGGAAACAAUGAAAGUUGGGACAAAGAACGGGGUCUUCACUGAGAGGACAUAUGGGUGAGGUUGUUGUUAAAUACUAUCUACAAAGCUCUGGUGGUAUGAGAUUUCAAGUAUUGGCGUGACUAUUCUACUUUAGACCAAUGAUGUGUCAAAUACUACAAGUAACUCCCUGUGCCUGUAUCGUUCCUCGUUGUCUUUUCCCGACAGCAGUGUGGAUUAUACAGGUCAGUGUUUUAAAAAGGGCUUCCCACCAAUGGAUGAUGACCAUGAGGAGGAACUUACACAGGAUUGGUCUGUUUAGAUUGCCAACCUUUUUCUGAUUGGAGCUCCUGGUUCAUGGGAUUGUGCAAUAUUAUAGAGCUCUUCUUCAUGUCCUCCGAGACGACCAUUUUGAAGGAUGUUGUCAUUGCUACAUACGAGACGGCCAUUUUGACUAAGAUUGCAGGCGACUACGCCAUCUUGUUAAUGUCUAAAACCGAGAGCUACUUUUAAAGACGCUAACGACAAUCUAUACUUGCAUUAUUUAGUUUGUUUGUAUGAGAAACUAAACCUGUGUUAAUGAUUUCUCAGCAAAAGACAAGAGUUGUUGUUUCACCAAGAAAGGGUUCACUUUUACUCAAUGUAAUGUUUAAAGUAUAGAAACUUUAAUAUGUUGUUUUGGUAGCUAAUAGACGGUUGAAUUGAUUUACCUACUUAAAGGUCAUAAAAAGAUGA